CCGAUGUCGGAGAAUGAAUUAAUUCGCGAGUGAUCUUUUAAAAAAGUGAUCUUUAGAAUGAUCUUUUGAAACAUCUUUUGAAAAAGAUCGAUAAUUUAACAAAAUUAUUCAAGAGUGGUUAAAAAAGAGUCAAAGUGUUACUUUGAUUCGAAAAUCGAGUUUCUUGAUUCCUAAAGUGCAAUAAAAAAAAGGAUUACGAAGAAAGAAAUUUCUUCGUAAAAAAAUUCAUUAAACUAUUCAUCUAAGAAAUUUUGAAACGCGAAGAUCGUUCUCUUGUGGAGAUCGAAGAGUUUUGUAAGAAGAAGAAGAAACAACGAAUGCUUUCGUGAGAUCGAGUCAAAGAAGUAAGAAAAAGUAUGACGAGCCAUCCAGGAUAUGAUUACGAGGACAGAGGUCAGAGAAUCCGCCAUCGUGUCGGUACUGCUUCGAGACCAGCCGAUUCUACCGUCGCUUGUACCAGUUCUCAAUAUUACGUCGGUCCGAAUAGCGACAUCAGUGAAGAGGAUAUUGCGGAAUUACCUUCUUGCGUUUAUGCGAGUAGAUCUUCCCAACACGUUGCACAUGCUUCCUCGCACACGCAUUCACCAUUGCACUAUCAUAUGCCAGUUGCUACUCCAGAUCACAAUGAUGCCGAUAUGAAUGGAGUGGAAGAAGGUUAUUAUCCAAAUGGCAGUCCAUACAGAAUUCAACGACAUGCCGCGAAUAUACGCGAAAGAAAACGUAUGCUGAGCAGCAUCAACUCGGCUUUCGACGAGCUUAGGGUUCAUGUACCAACAUUCCCGUAUGAGAAGAGACUUUCAAAAAUUGAUACUCUUCGUUUAGCAAUAGCUUAUAUUGCUCUUCUUCGAGAAGUAUUAGCAGCGAGACUCGAUCCUUUGACUUAUGUUGAGAGGUGCCUUAGAGGUGAAAUUAAUGGUGAACGUGCUGAAUGGAACACCAGUGAUCUGACCGCACGUUUGUCGUGGAUUAAUUGGGAAAAUUUAGGAGUCAAUCCUAAUCGACGUUCAGUCCUUACAACUCUCGCAUUAACUACAGACAAUAUGAAUUAAAAAAAGGCAACUACAAAAUUGGAAAAAAAGAAACACAGAGGUCCUGCUUUUCUUCUUUGUAAAUACUAUUUUGAAGUUCUUAAGCCGAGAUAGAGUGCCAAAGACAUUUAUUCUAUUUUAAUUUAUAAUUUAUAUAACGUGCAAUAAGAUCAACGUUACUGUACCCAUCGUCUCUCCUCGUCAUGUAUUACAUUACAUGUGUGUAUGGCAGUAAUGAAUUUAAGAGCAUUAACUAGUAUAUAGUUUAGUAUUUUUUGGGGGAAAUAAAAUUGGUAUCCAUGAGAGAAAA